GAAGGACGACAGUCCCGCUGGCAGAGAAAACCUCCGAUAGGAACCACGUCCCAACUGGCCUCGCACCCAAAACAGUUUUGUUUUUUUAAUGUAAAAGAGGCAGGUUAAUGUUGUAGUCCUGAGAAGAGGAGAGGGAGGGUGGAGUUGGUCAGACAGACUCCCCCCCCCCCGUUACAGAGAGGAGUCAGACUCUGUGUGAAAGUUCCGCAAAGUGGGCGGUGACUUUGGGGAAAGUUGGCGGAGGGAGAGCUCCCCGGGACUGGGAUGGGAACUCUGCGGGACCUGCAGUAUGCUCUCCAGGAGAAGAUCGAGGAGCUGAGGCAGCGGGAUGCCCUGAUCGAUGAGCUGGAGCUGGAGCUCGACCAGAAGGAUGAUCUGAUCCAGAGGCUGCAGAAUGAACUGGACAAGUACCGAUCAGUGAUCAGGCCGGCCAGCAAACAGAGCCCGGGCCAGUGUGCCAGCUCACUGCAAGAGCAACAGCGAACCAAAAGACAGGCCAUCUCAGCCGAGCCCACUGCCUUCGACAUCCAGGACCUGAAUCACGUUACCCUCCCCUUCUACCCGAAAAGUGCACAGUCCAAAGAACUGAUUAAGGAAGCGAUCCUGGAUAAUGACUUCAUGAAAAAUCUGGAGUUGUCUCAGAUUCAAGAAAUUGUGGACUGCAUGUACCCAGUAGAAUAUGGCAAGGACAGCUGUAUUAUCAAAGAGGGUGAUGUGGGAUCUCUGGUUUACGUAAUGGAAGAGGGCAAAGUUGAAGUAACAAAAGAAGGAGUGAAGCUGUGCACCAUGGGACCAGGCAAGGUGUUUGGUGAGCUUGCCAUCCUGUACAACUGCACCAGGACUGCCACAGUGAAAACUCUAACGAAUGUAAAACUCUGGGCUAUCGACCGACAAUGUUUUCAGACAAUAAUGAUGAGGACGGGCCUAAUCAAACACGCCGAAUAUACGGAAUUUCUAAAGAGUGUUCCAACAUUCCAGAACCUUUCAGAGGAAAUACUCAGCAAACUAGCUGACGUCCUUGAAGAGACAUAUUACGAAGAUGGGGAGUACAUUAUCAGGCAGGGAGCUCGAGGGGACACUUUCUUCAUUAUUAGCAAAGGAAAGGUGAACGUGACUCGGGAAGAGUCAUCAAAUGAAGAAGCUGUAUUUCUUCGGACAUUAGGAAAAGGCGAUUGGUUUGGAGAAAAGGCUCUUCAGGGAGAGGAUGUGAGGACAGCCAAUGUGAUCGCAGCUGAAACAGUGACCUGCCUAGUGAUUGACAGAGAUUCAUUCAAGCACCUGAUCGGAGGCCUGGAAGAUGUUUCCAACAAAGCCUAUGAAGAUGCUGAAGCUAAAGCUAAAUAUGAAGCUGAGUCUGCCUUCUUUUCAAACCUGAAACUAUGUGAUUUUAACAUCAUUGAUACGCUGGGAGUUGGAGGAUUUGGAAGAGUUGAGCUGGUUCAAUUAAAGAGUGAGGAAUCCAAAACUUUUGCAAUGAAGAUUCUGAAGAAACGUCACAUAGUAGACACGCGGCAGCAGGAACACAUACGUUCGGAGAAGCAGAUAAUGCAGGAAGCUCAUUCCGAUUUCAUUGUGCGGCUGUAUAGGACAUUUAAGGACAGCAAAUAUCUCUAUAUGCUAAUGGAGGCUUGUCUUGGUGGAGAGCUGUGGACAAUACUCAGGGACAGAUACAAAGAAGACAAUAUUAAAAGAGGCUCAUUUGACGACGCUACCACCCGUUUUUACACAGCCUGUGUGGUGGAAGCCUUUGCCUAUUUGCAUUCCAAAGGAAUUAUUUACAGGGACCUCAAGCCAGAGAAUUUAAUCCUUGAUCAUCGGGGUUAUGCUAAACUGGUGGACUUUGGGUUUGCCAAGAAAAUAGGAUUUGGGAAGAAAACAUGGACAUUCUGUGGGACUCCUGAAUACGUGGCUCCAGAAAUCAUCUUGAACAAAGGCCAUGACAUAUCAGCAGAUUACUGGUCACUGGGAAUCCUUAUGUACGAACUCCUGACUGGCAGCCCACCGUUCUCAGGCUCUGACCCCAUGAAGACAUAUAACAUCAUACUUCGUGGAAUUGACAUGAUUGAAUUUCCAAAGAAGAUUACCAAAAAUGCUGCUAACCUCAUCAAGAAACUGUGCAGGGACAAUCCUUCAGAAAGACUCGGGAACUUGAAAAAUGGAGUUAAAGACAUUCAAAAGCACAAAUGGUUUGAAGGUUUUAACUGGGAAGGAUUAAGAAAAGGCACAUUAACACCUCCAAUUGUAUCCAGUGUCACAUCCCCAACAGACACAAGCAACUUUGACAGUUUCCCUGAAGACAACGAUGACCCGCCUCCUGACGACAACUCCGGAUGGGAUGCAGAUUUCUAAAUUUGUUCCGGAAAACUUGCUUCUGCCUUGCCUAGGACAGCAUGUUGGUCAGAGAAAGUGGAAAAGAGACUGCCGGUAAAAUGGAAAAGAAAUCAUAAAGAGGAUUAGUGCUCUGGGUCACCAUGAUGCCUUGACUGAUGCCUGCUCCACUGACGAUGGUGGCAUUAGGAGCAAUGCCGUUAGACAAUUGCAAUGGUGUUCCUUUCAGAAAAAAACUCUAGAUUUGAAUGGAAAAGUAGCAACUUAGAUGAUGGUCCUAGAGCAACUUGUUUUAUUAGCAUACAUGUAAGGCUUUCCCUUCACUGAGGUGACUAGCGCUUUGCUCCAGAGACCAACUAAUACUCAAAAGGUUAAAAAUGGGUCGUUUGAACCAGUAAACAUAGGGUUUUUUUCUAAUUAAAAUAAAAAGACAAAUGUAGGUAUUUAUUCAGGGGAUUUAUAUUCAGGGGUCAAUGAUACUUAAUUAAGAAUUGAAUUUGGGAUGUUCCCAUUCCUCGAUUGCGAGCGUGCACAUCUUUGUGUGUGACAAGCCAGUGUGUAUGUAUCCCCACCCAGUCCAAAAGGACCAUUAAACCACACUUUUCACGUUAAGUCACUUUAUUCAUUAUUAGUCUGGAUAUUAGAUCUCUGUUCCAAUAAAAUAUUUAAAAAGUGGCAUCAAUAUUUAAAUGCAUAAAACACAACUGCUGUUGCUAUUGGGACUUUGUUUCCACUCCAAUAUGAGUGCCUGCCUGAUCAAAUACUAUUGAAAUGGUCUCCUGUACCUUGUAAAGGCAAAUACCUUUCUCUGUAUCACAAUGUAGAAAUACAGAAUGUCAAAUACUGCCUACAGAUGCAUUUUAAUAGUUAUCAUUUUUGUUUGAUAUGCCACUGGAUUUAAAUGCUGGCUGAAAACUAUGGGCUUGUGGAAACUGUAUCAAAUAAUUUUUUAUUACAGUUAGACUUCAAAGUCAUGCUGUCAAAGAUGUGUUUUUUUUUAAAUCUAGCUUUUUUUCAGACUUCCUUGAAUAGAAUUCAGACUUCCUUCCCAGUCAGCAACAUUUAAAUAGAUCAAAUGAAAGUAAUAAGCUUUUAUUUUAAUCCAAACCAAUAUUCAGCCCUGAAACAACAUUGGCAAAUUAAUCAUCCGGUUGUAUAUCUCAUUGCUGUGUAUGAGACCAUGUUCUGCAUAAUUUGACUGUCACAUUUCCUACAUCACAAAAGUAAUUAAACUCAUUUUUAAAAAAAGAAAUAUCUGGCUACAAGUUAGUUUCGGACAUCCUAGGAUUUGGACAGGAGUUGUAUCAAAGUAAAGGAGAGUCUGUUAGCUCAGUUGAUUAGAUAGUGGGUUUGCAAUUCAAAGUAACACCAACAGAGUGGGUUCAAUUCCUGCACUGGCUGAGCUUACCAAUAAGGCUUGUCCUUCUCAAUCUCUCCCCUCAUCUGAGCUGUGUGAUCCUCAGGUUAAACCACGACCCAUCAUCUCUCACUAAUGAGAGAACAGCCCUUAGGACCAUGGUGACUUUACUUUAUCAAUGUAAGACCUUUCUUCAUCUACUCUUCUGUGCUAUUGUAGAAUGAGACCUCUACAGAGGACAAAAUGAGGAGAUAAUGAGAAAGUGAACGAAGAAUAGAAAAGCUGGUCACUAACAGCCAUUCAGUAAUUUUAUGAAUGCUGAAAAUGUACCUUAAAACACAUUCGUCAUCUUCAAUACUAAUAAGGCAUCUCUUUGAAUUUAAUCUCCUCUCUUCAUUUAAGGAUAAAUGCUCUUUAGAAAACAUGGAUGUAACACUUCACCUGGAUGUUGUUUUGGAUUAUACCUUGGAAGCCACCAUAAAAAUUCUUUAAUCUGCAGAUGUGAAAUGACCAUACAAAGUACUGCAGAAUUAAAGAAAAAUGCUAUCACAUUUUCCUAGUGCCCUUUCCAAUAUUCGUAGAUGUUGCACCUACCAAUCAUGAUUUUUUAAAAAAUCCACAAUGUUUUAGUGUUUCUCGGGCUGCUUGUCUUUAAUCAUGCUCUCUCUGUAUCAAUGAACUAAUUGAAAGAGUGUCUGGAUUAUAAUGUCACGUCUGAUACUGGUGAUGAUGAUGAAUGUUGAAAUGAUGGAGGUGGUUUUAAGAGGCGUGUGGGUACAAUGACUGGAAGUGAAGGAGGAAGCUCAAGAUACAAUCUCAAGCGAAGUAACAAUCAAAUACUGUUGUAAACCCUGUGGGUCAAGAGGCUGUGUCACAUUUGCAUCUUGAUAUUUUAAAAAUCUUGUAUCUAUAGUUUUUAUUUAAUUGGACCACAAGCUCCAUAUUAUUGUAAAUAAGCCGAUCUGUUUUGGGUGUUGAGACUUUUUGUGUGACUUAACCCUUUUUGUCUUUUGUUUUUGUUGACUUGAUAUGUUUUCCAUAUUGCAAAACAGCCCAAUGCUGUAGGAUAAAGCCCACAGGCUUCUGCCUGAAAAAAUUCUCAACUAGUGUAAAGGCUCCCAUAGGUUAUACUAGCUUUGGCAUUGUCUCAAGUGCCUUAAAACACAUGGCAUCCAAACAAAUUUACAGAUUUGGUCUAAUGCUGCGCAAACUGAAAAAAAAGCAAGACAGAGAAACCUCAAGGAUCAAUCCUUCUUUGCUGGCUUCUAUAUAAAUUCUCUGUUCUGUAAGAUUCGGUAGGCCUUUUUGUCAACAUGAUGUACAAGUUGCAGUAAAUAUCCUGUGGUACUAGAUGUUAUGUUUAGUUUUGGGGAAGCUGUGAGACUGGUGAUGACAUCGUGCAUCAUUUCUGUGAAAUGUGUGCACAUGCAACAAAAAAAGUCACGUGACUAUAACUAUCGUUACUUUGGCUGACACACGGAAUUUUAAUUUUACUUGUGUUGCAAAAUAUUAGGGUAUAAGUAUCUCCUUAAUGUUGUCAAAUUACAAUGAACGUGGCCCUGGUGAACAUUGUUCAAAAUCUUUCAGGACGACUGUAAACUGUCUCAUCAGAGUACUGUGUUCAAGCACUGGCUUAACAUAGCUGAUACUCACUUUUAAGAUCUAUGUUUCCUGUGUCUAUUUAACUUGAAGUUUACCACAACUUGAAGUUUACCAUCAACUGUUCCAAAUUACUGAACAUUUAUAAAUUUAUAUGAAGUAUUUGUUGGGAGUUGUUUCCAAUUUAGUCUCUUCUUCUGUUUAGAUAGAGCAUGGCGAAUUUGUCAAAAUGUAUAUUUUGUCACUGAAUGCUGUCACAGGCUUGUUGCACUCCUUUGGUUGUAGAUUUUUACCUUUUACAUAUUUAAUUGUCCCUGAUUUUGUCCUGUAUCUACUGCAGCUGUCAAUGCAGAGUGCCUGUUAUAUACUUUCUAGAGCUAAAAU